AUGAUUAUCGACCGUAGAUGGCGGCUCUCUAAAUAAUAAUUAGACAAAGAAUAUGAUACGCUUCACAGCACUUCAAAUAUUCCUUGCAUGUAUCCUAACCUAUAACACUGAACGUUGAACGUUUUAAGAUUCAAAAGCCAGAUAUUAUAUGAAUCAGAUAAAUGUCAAUUCAAUAAAUGCUAAAAAUUGGGCAAUCAAGUACUUAUGAUUUCGUUUCCAAGAAAAUAAUUUCAUAGAUAGAUUUUAUAAUAUCUUUAAAACGACCAUAUUCUCAAAAAACAUCUAUUGGCGCCAAUAUCUAUGGGAAUAUCAUAUCUUUUAUAGAUAUGAAAUUUGUUUUGAGAAAAUCAAACAAUUUUCAUAUCUAACUUAUAGACAUGGAAAAUUGUACGAUACGAUGCCGUCUGUGUGGCAUUAAAUCUCUAUCAGAGUGUUCGAAAUAUAUCUUUGAUAAAGCGACUAAUUUAGCACAGAUAAUAAAUGAAACGUUACCAAUCAAGGUUUCUCAAGAUGAUCUUUUCAAAUACAUAUGUUCAGAUUGUUAUAAUAGAGUUACUAGUCAUUAUGAUUUUAUUCAAAAUAUAUUGACAUGUUCGAAAGAAACUGAAGCAAAAAUCAUCUCCCUUUUUGAAGUUAACAAAAAUGACAAAUUAGAAAAUGUGGCAAUUUCUAAAUUAGAUGAUGAUAUGAUAUAUUCCUGUCCGAAUUGCAACAGAGAUUUAAUGAUUUUAAUGAAACAGACUCCUGAAGACUGUAAUGCGUUUCAAAUUUCACUAGCUGUUGUAGAUCAAAUCGAAAAAUUAGCAGAAAAAAGUGUGCAAAUAUGUGAAAAUACAGUGGAAUUUAUUAAUGUUUACACAAAGAAAUCAAAUAUGAAGGAUAAAUUACAUGAAUUGUCAUUGAAUAAUAUCAAGAAUGAAAGUAUGAUAAAGAAACAAGACAGCAAUGGUAUAUAUAGAAAUUUGCCCAUAUUGCAAAAGAAUUCUGAUACAAAUCCUUGUAUUGUAUCAACAAAUAUAUCGUGUGAAACAAAUAAAAGUACAAAGAGUAAAUUUCAAGAAAAUGUUUUUGUCAAAACAGCAGUUAAUCCUACUAGGCAAAAAUUAGAAACGAAAUUAAGUGAAAUAAAACAAAAUGCCCAUCAGUUCAAUAGUGAUUAUAAUAAACCACAUAUAGUUAGUAUUAGGAAAAUGCAAUCAGAAAUUAAUGUUGAGGAAUAUUUUAGCGAAAGAAUUAAAGAAAAUGACAACACAGAAAAUAUGGCAAAAAGCAAAGGCCUCAAUAUGAAUAUUAUUGACUCACAAGAUCAAGAAGAAGAAAUAAACUCGAACAUUGAACAUUGGAAACAAAAUACCGAUGAAACUUGUAAUGAUUAUAAUAAGUCAAGUAUAGAUGACUUAAUGUUUCAAUCAGAAAACGAUGUUUCGGAAAAUGAAACAGAACUUAAAGAAAAUGAUGAUACAAUAGACAUGACAAAAAUAGAAGAAAUGGAUAUCGACAAAAGUGAUAACACAAACGACAAUAAUAUCGAUAUUUUAAGAGGUAAUCUAAAACAUGUGUGCAACUUGUGUGGUGCUCGUUAUAUUUCAAAAAUGAAAUACGAGUUUCACAUGGAAAGACAUAAAUUGAACAAAAUAGACAGAUAUGUUUGUCUUAUAUGCGACAAAGAAAGUAAAAAUGAAAAUUUGUUAUGGGAUCACUACCUUCACAUGCAUAAGAGGCCACAGCAAUACAUUUGUUUAGACUGCAAUAAGGUAUUUACAAGAAAGUUGGAUUUAAAUGAGCAUCAAAAGAAUCACAAACAUUCUGGUUACAAAAAAACAUCUGUUAAUGAUGACAUGGACCAUGAUCAGGCGCAGGAUGCAAUGAAGGAGAAGCGAAAAUGCACCGUCUGCAGAAAAUUGAUAAAGGAUAUUGAUCCAAAUGCUAUCAAUGAUCUAGCAACGUGUGCCUCCUGUGAAGAUUCUAGUGCGUGUCUGAUGAUCGAUGGUGAUGUAGCAAAAGUGGCUUUGCAGCGACAAUAUCAAUGUUUGAAGUGCCGUAAGCACUUUUUACGCCGGGAAAGACUCGAGUUCCACGAAAUGCGACAUAACGAGAAUAUGAACGAAUUUAUUUGCAGCACAUGCGGCAAAGAAUUUAGUGGUGAGAAUUCCUUGUACGAGCAUUAUCUUUUUGUACACGUAGGGGCUAGACCGCAUAUCUGCGAAGUAUGUGGCAAAUCGUUUCAGCUGAAAGCGCGAUUAAAGGAACACCUUCGAAAACACACGGGCGAGAAGCCUUAUCAAUGCGAAAUCUGCGGUCAGCGCUGCAUGACUUCGCACUCACUGAAAUUCCACAAGAAAUCUCAUUUCCCUGUUCGCCACGCUUGCAGCGUAUGUAACAAAUCGUUCCUCAAGAAGCAGAACUUGAAUGAACAUCUGGAGAAGCACUGGAAGAAAGACAAGAAUGUAAAACUUCCGCGAAUAUUCACAUGUUCCUUGUGCAAUUGCGAUCUACCGACCUAUCGCAUGCUGAAACAUCACAUGAUUGGGACCCACAAACUCGAUCGUCAAGACCCUUUGAUAACGGAACAGAAACCGUUGUAUGAGUGUAACGAGUGUCAUGAGAAAUUCAAGCAUCAAAUGUCGCUCAAGGCGCACAAGGAGAAAGUGCACGAAGGCAGAAUUUAUCCCCGUAUAUUUCAAUGCGAUAUGUGCAAAGCUGAAUAUAAGGUAAAGCAGAUGCUCAUAAAUCAUAUUAGGAGUAAGCACAAUGGUGAGAAACGAUACAAGUGCGCUAAAUGCAAUAUGAAAUUCAUGGAUACCAAGAGCUUGUAUCAUCACGUUUUAUUGCAUACUGGUAGAAAACCGUUCUCCUGCGAGUUCUGCAACAUGAACUUCAGGCGAAAGAGUGCCAGGGACAUUCAUCGUCGUAAGCACACAAACGAAUCUUAUCAGUGUACGGAUUGCAACGAAUCAUUUGGUAGCUACAGCAGUCGCUCAAACCAUCGCAAAAAGGUACAUGGGAAUAAUAAAAUUGAGUGUCAUGAAUGCGGAGAAAAAUACGAUACGACACAAGAAUUUAAAAUUCAUCUGAACAAGCAUCUUGGUGAACAACUGAAUAAAUUAAAAAGCUUAUAAUGAUAAUAGUAUGUACACGAAUGUGAUUUAGCAUGUACACAAAUGAUUAUACAUUACACGAUACACAAUUGAUUAUCUAAUAUUAUAUAAAAUAAAUAAUGUAUCGAUGUGAUCACAUAAAAUUUAUACGAUAUUUCAUGCAAGCAAUUGGUCAAAUAAUUAGUUCGUUUUAAAAUAAAUUAAAUAAUGUAAUUUGUA